CGGGAAAUCGCUCAGUUCAACGUUCCAUUUCGGCCGUGGAUGAUCGCGUUGCUAUCCUCGUCAUGCGCGUGUGUGAUUGUGUAAAUUGUGUGUGUGGAAAAUUCAAAUUUACACGCUAAGGAUACUGCAUGCUUAUCGGCAAAAACCUUCCUCACCAGGCUCGAUCGAUCAGGCCCAACAAAAACCUCUAAUGAUCAACGGUGAUCGGUGGGCGUUCGGACGGUGGUGGUAUCGUGCCGGGCCUGUUUCGAUCCGGUGUGACCAAACCGUUGCCCUGGACAGAUAAUGAACCUCUCGCAGUGUUGAUGGUGCUGUUGGUGUGCUAGAAAAUCAUUUUCUACAAAUAAUAAUUGUGAAACCAAAUUGUAACCGCGUGUCUGUGUGUGUGUGUGUGUGUGCAUUGCAAAACUUCCAGCAGCCAACGGAUAGCAAUAAGGAUAUCAGUUUGUUUCUCCCAUCACAACGUUAUUAUUAGCAGACAAGUGACAUGCUGGUGCAGUAUGCGAUAGGUGGACUGCUACUGAUGGUGGCACAAUGCGUUCGGGAAAUCAAUGGCGAGUAUCAAACCAGUCUCACGUUCAACGAUAUCCUGCCGGAGGACCCGAAGCUGUACGACAAGAUGCGCCCGCCGAAGAAGGAGGGCCAGCCGACGAUCGUGUUCUUCCACGUCACCGUCAUGGGGCUGGAUUCGAUCGAUGAAAACUCGAUGACGUACGCGGCGGACAUCUUUUUCGCCCAGACGUGGAAGGACCACCGGUUGCGGCUGCCGGAAAACAUGACGUCCGAGUACCGGCUGCUCGAGGUGGACUGGCUGAAGAACAUGUGGCGGCCGGACUCGUUCUUCAAGAAUGCCAAAUCCGUCACCUUCCAGACGAUGACCAUCCCGAACCACUACAUGUGGCUGUACAAGGACAAAACGAUCCUGUACAUGGUGAAGCUGACGCUGAAGCUGUCCUGCGCGAUGAACUUCCUGAUCUACCCGCACGACACGCAGGAGUGCAAGCUGCAGAUGGAAAGCCUUUCCCACACGACCGACGAUUUGGUGUUCCAGUGGGAUUUGGAGGUGCCGCUGGUGGUGGAUGCGCACAUCGAGCUGCCGCAGUUGGCGCUGGUCAAGAACUAUACGGCCGACUGCACCCAGGUGUACUCGACCGGGAACUUCACCUGUCUGGAGGUGGUGUUUGUGUUGAAGCGACGUCUCGGCUACUACCUGUUCCACACCUACAUUCCGACCUGUCUGAUCGUCAUCAUGUCGUGGGUUUCGUUCUGGAUCAAACCGGAGGCGGCCCCGGCCCGGGUUACGCUCGGCGUCACGUCCCUGCUAACCCUCAGCACGCAGCACGCCAAAUCGCAGGCAUCGCUGCCGCCCGUCUCCUACCUGAAGGCGGUCGACGCGUUCAUGUCCGUCUGUACCGUGUUCGUGUUUAUGGCGCUGAUGGAGUACUGUCUGGUGAACAUUGUGCUGGGCGAUUCGGAUCCACCGUCGCCGCCGAAACCGCACCCGCCCAAGAUGGACAAGUUUUUCGACUUUACCGCGAAAAACGGCAAGCGCAACAGCAAAUCGCACGAGCAUCCGCACGACAUACCGAUCACCACGUUCCAGCGGCAGGAAAGCACGCUGCUGCUGUCGCCCGUUCCGCACAUCCAGACGAUACCGCCACCGCCGUGCAAGCCGGCCUCGGCCAUACCGAAGCUGACGCCCGCCCAGAUGCGGCUCAAGCGGGCGAUCAACAUCGAUCGGUUUUCGCGCGUCUUUUUCCCCUUUCUCUUCACGCUGCUGAACGUCACGUACUGGAUCAUGUUUUACGAGUAUAUUUAAGCACGGGGUUUUUGCAGGUGUUUUAAGGGGAAGGGGGACGUUGGUUGGGGGGGUGCUAAAUGAUAGAUAUCCCGCAUUCCAUGCUUAUUUAUUAAUGUGUUUAUUCGUAGCGAUAGAGAGAACGCUUGACGGAAUGCUAACGAGAAAUGGUUAUAUUACACUAGCUAAAAACAAAAACACUUAGCUUAGAUUGUAGAAGCGCACAACGCGCUCACCAGCGGAAGAAGGAAAAGGAAAAACUUGUAAAUUAUUAAAUACACCGUACGCCUCCAUGCAAAAGGAUUUCAAGUAGUCAAACAGAAGCGGUAGAGUGGUUGAAUAAAGAUAAGAAAGUAGCAUUGAUAGGAAUCUAGGGACGAUGGGGCGAAACCAAACCACUCCAAACACCACUCUGGUGUUGGGUCACGCUCCCCGUUUGAGCUUAUGGGAGACCAGGCGACUCCUUCAAUCCAAAGUCACCGCGCGGGAUAACCCGACAUAAGAUGCCAAAUAUUAAGCCUACAGAUAAGACGCUCUAGUGUGUUUCAUUAGUAUAUUAGUGCCGUGCAAUUGUUACACUUUAAGCAGCUCCAAUUGUCCAAUGACGCCAUUAAUAAUGUAUUGUUACGAAUAGAAUCUGAAGCUACACAUACAUACUCACACCUAGUUUGUAUUAAUUUGUGUUUUUUCCUCUUUACAAUAGGUAAAUAUAGUGUCACUGUAUUGCACAACCGAGGCGUUGUACAAACGGUUACAAAACAGGCAAAAAAUAACGAUAUUAAACGCAAGCUAAGAAUACUACUUACCGACAGUUAAAUUGUAAGAGUAGUAAAAACCCAUCUGACGCUACUAUCUUAAUAUGAUUCUCAAUAAAGUAAGAAGAAACAAAUACACACACACACAUAA